UCUCGCUCCGCCGCUCCAAUCAGAUGUCAGUGCGUCAGAGGCGCAGUUGUCUGCGUCCGGAGCGCCCGUCGUGGAGCGCAGCGGCGCUGAACACACGCCGCCGAGCCGUGGGCACGUUUGUAAGAAGUCGGCUCGGGCAGCGGACGGUUGAACGGGCGCCGGGGUCCUGCUGGCGGCCGGCGUGAGACGACAACUUUUCGGUGCCCGCGGAGGCUUUUAUUUCUGAAGGAUCUCCGGGGGCAGCAGGAAGAAACCCUCGCGUUGCGCCAGAUGGAGCCUCCAGCCAACCCGGGAGACAGCCCGGCGGAGUCGGAGUUAACGGUGGAGAAUGUGGAAUCGGCUCUCUACCAGCUUUACUUUGAUCCAGACAUGGAGCGUAAGAAUGUGGCCCAGAAGUGGCUGACCCAGGCCCAGGGCUCUGCACAGGCAUGGCAGUUCUGCUGGGCUCUGCUCAGCCCUGACAAGCUCCCAGAGGUUCAGUUUUUUGGUGCCAGCACCCUCCACACCAAGAUCUCCCGUCACUGGAACGACCUCCCCACAGACCAGCAUGAGGGCCUCAGGAUGCAGCUCCUCUCUCACAUCUUGCACUUCUCCUCGGGGCCCAAAAUGGUGCUGACUCGUCUGUGUGUAGCCCUGGCUUCUAUGGCUCUUAACUUAAUUCCCCAGGCUUGGUCUCAUCCGGUGGCGGACAUGGUGAGGGCUUUCCAACCGCAGAAACCUGAAUCUGAGGGUGGCUCUGGUGCGGAGGCCUCUCAGGACCCCCACGCACACUGCCUCGCACUGCUGGAGCUCCUCACUGUACUACCGGAGGAGUUCCAGAGCGGCCGGCUGGCUCAGGCUCGCCGUGCCCAGCUGAGAGAGGCCCUGGCUGGGGAGUGGGCGGUGGUGUGUCCCAUGCUGCGUCAGCUCCUUCAAAGCCAGGACUCAUCGAACCAGGUGAAGGAUAAGGUGCUGCGCUGCCUGUCCGGCUGGGUGGGGCUGGAUGUGCCACUAGGGGAGAGUCAUGAACUGGUCCAGGACUGUUUUGCCACGCUGUCCAAUCCAGAGCUGUUUGACACGGCUGUGGAGACGAUCGUGAACGCCAUCUCACAGCCUGACUGCCAGAGGUACAUCGAUGCUCUGGUGAACCUGGUGCCUCUGGUGCUGGGUCUUCAUGACCAGCUGAAGACAGCGGCUCAGGGUGGGGACAUGGAAACCUCACAUGGUAUCUGCCGUAUCGCUGUUGCUAUGGGCGAAACACACUCCAGGGUUUUGUUGGAACAGGUGGAUCACUGGCAGGAGUAUCUGGCGUUGGUCAACAUGAUUCUGUACUGUACUGGUAUCCCUGGUCAUUACCCAGUCAGUGAGACCACCAGCUCCCUCACACUCACCUUCUGGUACACUCUGCAGGACGACAUCUUAUCGUUUGAGGAGGAGAAGCAGGCGGUUUACCUGCAGGUUUACAGGCCGGUUUACUACCAACUGGUGGACGUGCUGCUACAUAAAUCCCACUAUCCCUCCCAGGAGGAAUACACGUCCUGGUCCUCUGAUGACAAGGAGCAGUUCAGAAUUUACAGGGUAGACAUCUCUGACACUCUGAUGUAUGUGUACGAAAUGCUGGGGGCAGAGCUGCUCAGUAACCUCUACGACCGGCUGGGCAGACAGCUGAUGGACCCCCAACAGUCGGCAAGAUGGCAGGACACAGAGGCCCUGUUAUUUGGCUUCCAGUCCAUAGCUGAGACCAUAGAUGUGAACUACUCGGAUGUUAUCCCCGGCCUUAUUGGUCUGAUUCCCAGAAUCAACAUCAGCAAUGUGAUGCUGGCCGACACUGUCAUGUACACCAUAGGAUCCCUGGCUGAGUGGCUGGCUGACCACCCGGUGAUGCUGGGUGGCAUAUUGCCCAUGGUGCUCCAGGGUCUUGUGAAGCCAGAGCUGUCUGUGUCCAGUGUAUCUACUCUGAAGAGGAUCUGCCGGGAGUGUAGGCAUGACCUUGGCCCCUAUGCGCAGGACAUCCUGACUGUGUCACAGGAUGUACUGGUUAAAGAAACCCAUAAGAGCAGCCAGUGCAUGUGGCUGAUGCAGGCCCUGGGUUUCCUGCUGUCUGCUUUGCCGGUAGACGAGAUUCUGGGCAGACUCCACUCCCUCAUCACUCCUCACGUCCAGCGGCUGGAUACACUGGCCCAACACGAGCCUAACCCCACUAGUAAACAGUCCAUUGUCCACAUCCUGGGGAUGCUGUCCAAUCUCUUUACCACUCUGGACAUCAACAGGCAAGCAGACGGCUUAGAGGGAGGAGCCAGUCCCAGGCUCACGCCCUCACAGACCACACAAAAUCCAGUUGUGGUUGUGCUACAACAAGUGUUCACGUUGAUCCAGACCAUCCUCAGCAAGUGGCUCGAUGACUCGGAGGUAGUAGAGGCAGUGUGUGGGGUAUUUGACAAAUCGGUUCGAACCCUCCUACAUGAUUUUGGGCCCAUGGUGGACCAGCUGAGCGAGAUGCUGGGGCAGAUCUACAGCACCUUCCCUCAAGCCUCUGCACUGGACCUGGCACAGCAGAUGGUUCACAUAUUUGCUGGAGACGAACAUCACAUCUCUAACAUCAAAGGCCUCACUGAAGUGUUGACUUCUGCUACACUCACUCUAUUUCAACAAGGCCCGCGGGAACAUCCUGAUAUUGCAGAAUCAUUUAUGCACCUUCAUGCUCAGAUUCUUAAACGGAAACCUGAUUUGUACCUGUCUGACCAGCUGGAUAAAGAAGCUCUGUUUUACUGUGGGAUUCUAUCGCUCAAGUUUCCAGAGACACCCACAGUAAAAGCUGCCAGUUUGUUCUUUACAGAGCUGUUGCCUCGGUGUAAAGACAUGCCAUCCCUUGGUGAAGUGUUGCAGAGGGAUGGAAAGCUCCUGACAGAGACCAUACUCCAGGCGGUUGGAGGUGGGUCUCCUCGCAGUCUCACAGAGCAUUUCUCUGAGGUGCUGCUGAGUCUAAACAGACACUGUCCAGCUCUGUUGUCCCAGUGGCUGAAAGAAACACUACAGACUCCAGGAUUCCCCUCUGGCCAGGUCUCCAUGGAGCAGAAACACACCUUCAGUCAGCAGCUUCUAAGGGAGCAAACCAACAAGCGUCGCAUUAAGGAGAUUGUGAAGGAGUUUUCUCUGCUCUGUCGAGGCCUGCAGGGGUCUGGAUACUCAGAUUACUAGCCUGAGCUGCUAGUGCUGCAUCUGAGUUUUCCUUCCUCAGUGGGUCACUGAGAAAGGUCAAAAUAAAGUUAAAAAACAAAACAAAAAAAACAGAUGGUCUGAAUCUGUUUCCAUGACAAAUAGUGCCAAAUUGGACUUGGGCAGGUGACACUGGACUAUGAAAAACCGUAAUACAUGGACUAAACCAAAGCAAAAAACACAUAAGUGGGCUGUUAUGAGGAUAAAUGGACCUCUGUGCAACAUGUUUUUCAUAAAGUACCACUGUCAGUUCCAAAGCAGGAUAAAAUGAG